AUGACGCUGGGGGCGGCCACGCGGAGUUUCGCAUCAAACCCGAAGCGCCACGAGUUUCAGGCCGAGACCAGAAAUUUGAUGGAUAUCGUCGCUAAAUCUCUAUAUUCUCAUAGUGAGGUUUGUCGAUAACUUCGCCAAGAGCGAGAAAAUGUUUCAGGUUUUUGUUCGCGAGCUCAUUUCGAACGCCUCUGAUGCUUUGGAAAAGCGCAGGUGUGCAGAGCUCUCUGGUCAGGCUGUAGAAGGACCCAGUGAGAUCAGGAUAACCACGGACAAGGUUAACAUGUAUGGUCAAUUAUAACAAUUACCAAGUCUUUUAGGACCGAAGAGAGAUUACGUUCGAAGACACGGGAAUAGGUAUGAACCGUGAAGAUCUUAUCGAAUGUCUGGGAACUAUCGCGAAAUCCGGAAGCAAAGAUUUUAUUGAGAAGGUUUUUCAAUAUCUUUUGAAUAAAUAAAUAAAUACUCUAGAACAAAGACAACGCCGAAGCGGUGAUUGGCCAGUUCGGCGUUGGCUUCUACUCGGCUUUCAUGGUGGCCGAUUCAGUGACGGUAACUACGAGAAAGGUCGAUGCGGACAUUUCGAAAGGGCUUCGAUGGCACUGGAAUGGGUUGGUCUUGGAAUAUGGGGGGUUAUCCUUGGUUCAGCGACAAUAACUACGAAGUUUCCGAAGAAGAUGGCCUUCCCACUGGGACGAAAAUAGUUUUGCGUCUGAAAACAGGCGAUUCGGCGUCUUAUGCCGAGGAAGAACGCAUCAAAGAGGUUCCCUGAUCAACUCCAAACUCUCUUACAGCUCUCUUCUAAGGUGAUAAACAAGUACUCGUACUUUGUCUCUUCGCCGAUUAUCCUCAACGGCGAACGGGUUAACAGUCUAAAUGCUAUCUGGACGAUGAAUCCCCGUGACGUCACUAAAGAAAUGCAUGAGAACUUUUUCAAGUCAGUCCUUAGAACUUUUCUGGAUUUUCACAAUAUGAUACGCGAUGGACAGUUUUUUUUCAAUAACAGAUAGAAAAUCAGAAAAAUUAGUAGUUAUGUUAUCGGAGGCUUCUGGCGAUAACCUUCUAGAUAUGCUUUCUCAUUUCAUAUGCUAUAAGCCAUUGUUUCUAUUUGAAUGGCUAGGCGGAAAGUUUUUUCUUCUUAAUCCGGCUUUGAUUCUGCAGACAGCUGAUGAAGUCGCAGAAAAAACUCGAUCUCUUCCAACGAGCUCUUUACACGAUUCAAUUUCAGGCCUGUGAGAGCUUUUUUUUUCCUAACUUGAAAGAUUUCAGACUGACACUCCAGUUUCCUUGCGCACAGUGUUGUACAUUCCACAAAUGCAGUUCAACCAGCUCUCUUUCAUGGCCCAACAGAAAGACUGCGGGCUCGCCUUGUACGCGAGACGCGUUCUCAUCAAGCCUGAUGCGCAGGAACUCAUUCCACAGUUAGAUCCGCGUUUCUGCAGCUUUAAUAUUUCUUUUUCGUUCCAGUUAUCUUCGAUUUGUUGUUGGCGUCGUCGACUCAGAAGACAUUCCUUUGAAUCUCAGCCGUGAGAUGUUGCAAAACAACCCAGUGUUGAGGUAUUUCGGAAGGAAAAAAAUAAAUAAAAUUCGAAAAAUAGUUCAAGCUGAGAGAAAGAAAGACUUUUUCAAACAUUAAUAUUCACGAAAAAGAUAUGAUUUAAAAAAAGCUUUAAAAAGAAAUCAUCUUUUGAACUUCCCGUAAGUGAUUUUAUGGUCGUGGAAAAUUUAAGAAGUAAGAGGAUAAAAAAGAUUUUCCUGCUCUCAUAUCUUCUCAAUGUAUUUUUUUUUCAUUUAGAUUCCAUCUUCGCUUUUAAAAAAAGUGAUUUUUUGUUUUGCAGAAAGCUUCGAAAAAUCCUCACUGAUAAGAUAUUCGCCACAUUGCAAUCGGAAAUGAAGAAAGAUCCUGUGAAGUAUUCAGAGUUCUACAAAAACUAUUCCCUUUACUUCAAAGAAGGAGUUAUCACCGAACAGGACCAAAACGCCAAGGUUCUGGUUGUCUUUUCUGGCCCAACCGUAUUUUUCGAUCGAUAGGAAGAGGUGUCAAAGCUUCUUCUCUUCGAGUCUUCUUCCAAAAAGGCUGGCGAGCUGACAAGUCUUGGAGAUUACGUUAAGCGGAUGCAGGAGGAUCAGAAAGAGAUCUACUAUAUGUACGCCAACAAGUCCGUUCUUUGAUUUUUUCCAAUUGAGCAGUUUCUCGUUACAGUCGUCAACUAGCCGAGUCGUCUCCGUAUUACGAGGUGAUCAAAUCUCAAAAUCGAGAAGUUUUGUUCUUAUACGACCCGGCCGACGAGGUUCUUCACAGAUAGUUUUUUUUCGCAAUAUUUUUGGAUCAUAGGUUGUUUUCCUGAGCCUGCACCAGUUCGGAAUGAAGAACUUAGUCCCCGUGGAGAAAUGGGCUGGUCAGGAGGCCGAGAAACCGGAUGAGAAAAAAGAUCAAAGUGAAUCUGAAGGAAAGAAGAAAGGUGUAUAUAAAUAUUUGCAGAAGAGUUUCGCGAUGUCGACAAAAAGGAGUUGUUAGACUGGCUGAGAGAAUCUCUGGGCUCUGUCCGAGUCAACGAAAUCUCCGGCAACCACAGACCCAGCGAGCACCCCGUGAUGGUGACCGUCAUGGAGAUGGGGGCUGCUCGUCAUUUCCUCAGGACCGGGGAAAUCAAAGAUAUGGAGCAUUUGGUAUCUCCCUCCUCUUUCGAUUGUCUGAAAGAGCUGCAUUUUACAGGUUCACUUCAAACCUCACGUCCAUGUCAACCUCACUCAUCCUCUCAUCAAAAGCCUCUAUAAAUUGAGGAAAACGGAUAAAGAAACCGCGCAACUUCUGGCUGAGCAGGUUAGGUGACUUCGUGAAAAAGAAGCGCUUUGAUAUCAUUAUUGAGUCAUCUGAACUCAUCAUUUUCCAUUAAAUGUGAAAUUUUGAAGAAAAAGAAAGAUUUUCUUUUCGGGUGUGAAUCGAUUACUAAAAGGUUUCAGAUUUGUUGAUUACUGAGGGGUUUGGUUUGAAUUGUCUCAAAAAAGGGUUUUUCUCAAAUUUAACCAACAAUUUUAAUCGUUCAUUCAAAUAUGGCAAAGAAAAUGUGUAUGUAUAGUUCAGCCUCCUGAAUUCAUCUAUUCCUUUUUUCCGAGAAUUUCGUCUGACAAGUUGUCCCCCGUAGCUUUUAGACGUGUUCAAACAUGAUUGGGAUGAAUCCUUUCUUUCACCUUCAUCUUGAUUUUUUUUUUUUGCAGGUUUACGAUAACGCUUUGAUUACGGCUGGGCUCAUCAAGGACACAAGUCGAAUGGUCGGUCGCUUGAACAAACUUUUGACCCAACUGGCUGGAAAGGGAAACACGAGCACCAUCCUUACUCCUUAA